AUGGACACCAUCAUCAGUAAGGAGGAUCCCAUCCUUCAAUCUCCUCCAGCAACAAGUAGUGCCAGGAGUAGUACGUCAGCCGUCUCCAACAAGAAGCCAAGAUCAAGAACUCCAGCUUCCAAAAUACCAAAAUACACAUCGUCAACGACGCCCGUCAAUCCAAGAAGGAAAAAGGAGUCCCUUCUGAAGGAAGCUUCUUCCUUUUGUUCCAAAGGAUGUUCCGAAUGGAAGUCGAAACGUUCAGAAUCCGCCAAAUCAGCCUUCACUUCCGCCUUGCUGAUUUUAGAGCCUGUCUUGGGCACCUAUCAUUUAUUGACAGCCAAGACAUACUUUUGGAUUGGAUUCAUUCUGCAAAAGUCGACUGGUGAAAAGAAAUACAACGAUUAUCAACGAUGCCUCGAAGCAUUUUCCAUGGCACUACGGAUACGCCUUCGAAUGUGUGGUUCCAACCACAAGUCCACAGAAGAAGCUCGGCAAGCCGUACGGUGGGCGUUUCGAAAGUUGGUCGAAUCAUCCAAUGAUGAGCGUCAAGAGUCCAUUCAGGACUUUUUGAUGAGUAUUGAAAAGUCGUUGCGGUAUGAAGCUCGUGGCGACAAGAAGGUCACAGCAAAAGAUUAUCAGUCGGCCUUGGUUGCAUUCGAAAAGGCAUUUCAAACGGCAACGCAAUGGGAACAAUAUGCUAGGCCUACCCCACAACUCAUGUUCAAGCUGGGGGAUUGUUACCUGUCAUUGGAUGAAACUCAAAAUGCCAUCUUUUGGUUUCGACGAGCACUUUUGGACAUUUAUUUGAAUUCGUUCCACCAUCAUCAGCAGCAUCCAGUCGUUCACACUGUGUAUGAGAAAUUGAAAAAGCUGGUUCCGACAGAAGCAAUAGAAGAUUACAUUCAAAUGGUCGAGUCGUCAAUGCACCACAUAAAGUCGUCGCAAGAAAUGACAGGAUGGUCAAGUCAAGAAGAACUUUUGGAGGCGAUUCGACUUGAGCUGUUGUAUGCCGAUUCCUCGAAGGAUCCCUUUGUCAAGUACCUAGUGAACCAAAUCAACCAUAGGGACCUGCGAACUGAGCUAUCCAGUCAAGUUCAGCUUGCCGAUGACGGAAUCUUGCAAUUGGCCUUGAGCUUUAACCGGAAGGACACGAAUGCAACCAAAACGUUGGAGCAGCUGGAUGCUUUUCAAAAGAGAGCGACUUCUUGCCUCCAAAUCGCAGAGGAAUACAUUGGGGAGACAUCCGUGCCAUCCAACGGUAUACUGACUGAGAGCUGGAAUGGGCAAGAAGCAAAGUGGCUAUCUCGUCAAGUACAAGUAAUGGAACUGCUUCAAUUGCACGUUUCGGAUGUUCAGGGGAAAAGCGUAAAGAAAUCUACUACUAGCAAGCAGAGUGACAGAGUUGAUUUCUUGACACAAGAACUCGCCAAACUCUCGAUGGACUUGACUGAAAUUCAAGAAAAGCUGAACUCUUCACCAUCGAAACUUAAAAAGGGAGACCGAGAAUCGCUUAUUUCGCAAAUGGCAGACCAGCAACAAGGAAUUGCCUUUCGAGAGGGCCAAUUGGAAAUGGAACAACAGUCAAGUGAAGAUGGAAGCUUCUCAUGUGACGGAGUUGAACAUUCCUCCGAAAGUCUCCUGACACUUCGACGAUGUUUGGCGCAGGGAAAAGAAGCAAUUUCUGAUUUGGGGCAGAUAGAGAAAUCGGACGAAGAAGAUACACCUGGCGACAAGUCGUCGUUUUGGAAUGAUUCGUUUGAAGCUGGGCUGUGGAAACAUCCAAUGGACUCAAACACGGACGAGUCUCCCAGCUCUGAAAUCGUCUCGUCUCGGCAAAGCCGCCAACUUUCCUUGAACACUAAUCUUGCAUCGGUUACGGAACGACUAACGAUACAAACAGACCAAAAUGAUCAUUUUGAUUCCUACUUUUCCCCAAAAACAAUGGAAGAGACCGAGACGGCAGUUUCAAGUCAAGCCAAGCUUGAUAACGCAUUGCGAGAAGCGGAAGAUUUGCGGCAGCAGAAGGAAAGAAAUAACAAGGAACUUCAAAAUGCCAGAUCGGCUAUGGAAUCAUGCGAGCGCAUGGCGAAUCAGUACAACUCGGCGCCAGUUACAGAAAAGACAUACUUAAUCAAGAACUUGGUUGCAGCGAGUAGACAAGAAGUCGACUACUACUCCAGAAAGGACAAGACACUAGACGAGAAACUUCAUGUGGUACAAAGCCAAAUAACAGCACUGCUGCAACGACUUCAGUCGUCUGGCGGCGAGUCCACGUAUGAUGCCUCGCAAAAAUCGCAAGAGGUUUCCAGCAUCAAGCUUCAAGAAGAAUCGGAUUGCGCGGCUAGCCUUAGCCAAAUGGAAUCAUUUGAGCGGCCCCGAGUAAAAACCGGAAAGCAAGAACUGCAGAGGCCAUUGUUAGGAAACGCGGAGGUCGAGACACAAGGAGUCCUCUCACAUGCACCAUCAGUGCACAGAUCAUUGGCUUCUGCGAUGCAACAACUAGAUUCUAGUAUGGACAAGAAGCUCGAGAAGUCCUUUCUCGGAAUUGAUCGAUUCCUUCUGAAUCCAGGUGCGCCUGCCUCUGAUCUGACAUCAACGUUUCAGACUGUUCGAAACCAGGCCAUGAGAAGACUCGAUGGCUACUAUUCUGAGAUGCAGGCUGAGGUUGCCGGAAGGCUCGAUCCCGCUGCGCAAAACAAUACAACACUCCCGCCGAUGCAAACGGAUUCUUCGACAACGAUAGCGGAGAAAACGAAGGGACCUAUAUCACAAACAAACGUCGUAUGCAUCGCAGAUAUUCGAAGGAGGAUUCGGCAACAUCGGUUCACUUUUCAUUCUACUUCUGGAACGUUCAUUAUGCGGAGACCUUCGAUUGAUUGUGACAAAUGGGACAAUGAAGUAGACGCUCCUGUGAGCAAGGAGUACAACGCAACUGUUGUCUAUCCAGAGACGAUUGAUGUGAUGGUGCAGAUUAAAUGCGAUGGAAGCAUGUUGCUUCUUACUAGUGAUUCUGUAGUUCAGCACCGAGUAAAAGGUGGCAAAUGGAAGAACCUUGGGGCAAUUGAUAAACGAGAUACUCCAUUUGGAUGGAUUCGAUAUACAAAUGGUGGAGCACGUUGCAAAACUAACUACUCGUUGGACGAAAUUUUGGAGGAAGCCAUUGUCCUUAGAAGUCGAUACUGUGACUUGAUUGCGAAUCCAAAUCUGUCUCUUUUCGACGUAAUCGUCUACAAUGGGCAGAUCAGGAUCUGUGUGAUUUUGUCGAUGCUUUUAGUUUUGGGAUUGGUUAUUAGGACUACAUGCCAGUUCGAGGCAUAUGUUGGCCCAUUCAUUGGGCUUUGA